UGUACAAGAACACACAUGAACAUGGCCGCGUCCACCCUGUCCGUCUGCUCCAGCGACGGGAGCUACAGCAGCCGCGUCUGCCUGCCCGGCUCCUGUGACUCCUGCCCCGACUCCUGGCAGGUGGACGACUGCCCAGAGAGCUGCUGCGAGCCCCCCUGCUGUGCCCCCCCCUGCUGUGCCCCCACCUGCUGUGUCCCCAGCUGCUGUGUCCCUACCUGCUGUGCCCCCACCUGCUGUGCCCCCUCCUGCCUGACCCUCAUCUGUACCCCUGCGAGCUGCGGGUCCAGCCCCUGCCAGUCAGCCUGCACCAGCCCCUGCCAGCCCUCCGGCUGCAGCUCCUCCCCCUGCCAGGGAGACUACUGUGUGUCUGUCUGCUGCCAGCCCGUCUGCUGCACCCCUGUCUGCUGCCAGGCCUCCCUCUGCUCAGCCUCCUCAUGCUGCCAGCAGUCUAGCUGCCAGCCCUCCUGCUGCAGCUCCUCCCCCUGCCAGGAAGACUGCUGCCAGCCCGUCUGCUGCACCCCUGUCUGCUGCACCCCUGUCUACUGCAAGCCCGUCUGCUGCACCCCUGUCUGCUGCACCCCUGUCUGCUCUGGGCCCUCCCCCUGCUCGGCCUCCUCCUGCUGCCAGCCCAGCCCCUGCUCCUCGUCCUGCUGCAGACCGUCCUCCUGCGUGUCCCUGCUCUGCCGCCCCGUGCGCAGACCCGCCUGCUGCGUGCCUGCCUCCUCCUGCUGUGCCCCUGCCUCCUCCUGCCAGCCCAGCUGCUGCCGCGGGGCCUCCUGCGUGUCCCUGCUCUGCCGCCCUGUGGGCUCCCGCCAGGCCUGCUGUGUGCCCGCCUCGGCCCAGAAGUCCUGCUGCUGA